AUGUGCGUCCCGCAGCCCCUGCACCAUGUGACCCAGCCCCUCUUUUGCAGGGUGGUGGACUUCCUGCUCAAGGCCAUCAUGCGCACCAUGUGGUUUGUGGGUGGCUUCCACCGCGUGGCCGUGAAGGGGCGGCAGGCGCUGCCCACAGAGGCGGCCAUCCUCACGCUGGCACCACAUUCCUCCUACUUCGACGCCAUCCCUGUCACCAUGACAAUGUCCUCCAUCGUGAUGAAGGCAGAGAGCAGAGACAUCCCAAUAUGGGGAACUCUGAUAAGGUACAUCCGGCCGGUGUUUGUGUCCCGCUCAGACCAGGAUUCCCGCAGGAAGACCGUGGAGGAGAUCAGGAGACGGGCGCAGUCCAAUGGAAGGUGGCCGCAGAUCAUGAUUUUUCCAGAAGGAACUUGUACAAAUAGGACCUGCCUAAUUACCUUCAAACCUGGUGCAUUUAUCCCGGGAGUUCCCGUCCAGCCUGUGGUCUUACGAUAUCCAAAUAAACUGGACACCAUCACGUGGACGUGGCAAGGACCCGGAGCGAGUGACGCAGCUUCUCUGUGUGUGCAGUUCCUGCCUGUGUACAGCCCGUCCGAGGAGGAGAAGAGGAACCCCGCGCUGUACGCCAGCAACGUGCGGUGUGUCAUGGCAGAGGCCUUGGGCGUCUCCGUGACUGACUACACAUUUGAAGACUGCCAGCUUGCCCUGGCGGAGGGACAGCUCCGCCUCCCUGCCGACACUUGCCUUUUGGAAUUUGCCCGGCUCGUGCGGGGCCUCGGGCUGAAACCGGAAAAACUUGAAAAAGAUCUGGACAAAUAUUCAGAAAGUGCUAAGGUGAAGAGGGGAGAAAAGAUUGGUCUUCCAGAGUUUGCAGCGUACCUGGAGGUCCCCGUCUCUAGCGUGCUCGAAGACAUGUUUUCACUGUUCGAUGAGGGCGGGGGCGGCGAGAUGGACCUGCGGGAGUACGUGGUCGCCUUGUCCGUCGUCUGCAGGCCUUCCCAGACCCUGGACACCAUACAGCUGGCGUUCAAGAUGUACGGGUCGCAGGAGGACAGCAGCAUAGAUGAGGCCGACCUGUCCUGCAUCCUCAGGACGGCCUUGGGGGUGGCGGAGCUUCCUGUGGCCGACCUCUUCCAGGCCAUCGACGGGGAGGAGAAGGGAAGGAUCACAUUUG